AUGAGAGAUGCCAAGGUUGUAUGUCGUCAACUUGGUUAUCGAGAUGCUGCUAGGGCCCUCAAAGGUGGCGAGGUACCUCCUGGUUCUGGAAAGACGUGGUUAUCUUAUAUUUCCUGCUCUGGCAAAGAAAAAAAUAUUGUAAGCUGUCCUAGUAAUUAUUGGAGGGAUUAUUCCUGCUCUCAUUCUAGGGACGCCGGAGUUGAAUGCUCAACAAAAGAGUUUUCAACCACACCUGUACUGGUCAGAUUGCAAGGACCGCUGAGUGUAAAUGGUACAGGCCGUGUUGAAGUAUUAUAUCAUGGAUAUUGGGGAACAAUCUGUGAUUAUGGAUGGCGUAUGAGUGAUGCUAUAGUUGUAUGUCGACAACUUGGGUAUGCAGAUGUUGUUAGAACUCUUGAAAGGUACCAGGUUCCUUCUGGUUCCGGACAGAUAUGGUUAUCUUAUGUCGCUUGUACCGGGGAAGAAAAGAAUAUUUCAGAUUGUUCUCAUAAUGGUUGGGGGGAUCAUUAUUGCUCCCAUUAUAAAGACGUCGGAGUAGCAUGUUCCUCAACAGAUUUUCAAGCCACACCUGUGUCGGUAAGGUUACAAGGUCCAUUAAGUGGGAGAGGAACGGGUCGUGUUGAAGUGUUCUAUCAUGGAUAUUGGGGAACAAUCUGUGAUCAUGGAUGGGAUAUAAGAGACACUAGAGUUAUUUGUCGUCAACUUGGUUAUCCCGAUACCGUAAGAACUCUUCGGAGUAACGAGGUUCCUACUGGUUCUGGACAGAUAUGGUUUUCUUACGUCGCUUGUUCUGGGGAAGAGCAGAAUAUAACAAGUUGUUCUUAUAGAUUGCAUUAUCGUCAUUGUUCACAUUCUGCAGACGUCGGAGUAGAAUGUUCAACAACAGCUAUAACUGCACCACUCAGGUUACAAGGCCCAUUAAGUGACGAUGGUAUUGGUCGUGUCGAUGUAUUCUACAAUGGAACCUGGGGAACUAUCUGUGACCAUGGAUGGGAUCUAAGAGAUGCCGGGGUGGUGUGUCGUCAACUUGGUUAUCCAUUUGCUUCAAGGGCCUUCCAAGGGAACUCGAGCCACGUUCCUUCUGGUUCAGGACAGAUAUGGUUAGAAAAUCUCGAAUGUACUGGAUCGGAGCGUAAUAUAACAAGUUGUGUUCAUAGAGGUUGGGGGUAUACUUAUUGCUCACAUUCAACAGACGUAGGUGUUGAAUGCAGUACAACAGAUUUUUCAACUACACCUGUGACGCUAAGGUUACGUGGACCAUCAAGUGAAAAAGAGGCAGGUCGUGUUGAGGUGUUCUAUCAUGGAUACUGGGGUACAAUAUGUGAUUAUUCAUGGGAUUUGAGAGAUGCUAGGGUUGUAUGCCAUCAACUUGGCUACUUGGAUGCUGUCAAGACACUUCAAAGGAACGAAGUCCCCAAAGGUUCUGGACAAGUGUGGUUAACAGAUGUAUCUUGUACUGGGGCAGAGCGAAAUAUAACAAGUUGUUCUCAUAGUUCUUGGGGAGUUAGUCCUUGCACCCAUGAUCGUGACGCUGGAGUUCAAUGUUCCACGACAGAAAUAUAA